AUGAGGCGAAAGAGCCAGGAAAAUUCACAGGCUUCCAAUGAGCAAACAGCUGAGAAGGCCUUUGAAGCCCCUAGUCAGCUUACUAGCAAAGCGAGCGAAUCUUCUCAUCCUCGUCAGGCGUCUCCUGGCUAUUCAGAGACACUUCCACGCUCGAUUGGUAGAAGCUCGAAACAUUCAACUGGCAUAGAAAGUAAGUUGGACGGACCGGGCUCGUCAGCUACUCUUCCCACAGGAAGCGGUUCAACUGGUGCCCGAAAAUCUGCACUAAAAGGAGCCGGCGGUUCAAAAGUCAGCAAGCAGAUUCGCUUUACUGUUUUGAAUAUCGUGGCCAUUUCCUGCAUUAUCACUGUUGCCAUGGCAAAUAAGUCUCCUGAUGGCAGCUUUGACAAUGACAUUGGGAUCCAGAGCAUGAAUGUUAUCCGCUUUCCAACGCCAUCCAUUGAUGGAAAUACAACAGGAAUGUUUGGUGCUAGAGCAGCAUUUGGCACUCCGAAGUUAAAAAUUACCAUCUGGCUACCAAAUUACUUUAUCCUGGGAGAGGCGGAGAGUAAACACACUGUGACCACAAAUUCCCCUGGUAAUAGUAUCCUGGAAAGGAAGCCUCCGAAAUCCAUUCAGCUAUGGUUAAAUAGAACGAGUAGAACCGAAGUUCAUCUUGGACCCGGCAUUCACCGUUCUGCUGUGGAAAUUUAUGACGCCGUGGAUGCAAGAUGGAUCCAAAGCACAAGAAGCUGUCGUCAGCGAUAUGUCUGUGACCAUUCUUGUGAUCCGGGCGCAGGCCACGCUUGCAUUUGCCAAAGAGGCUUCAGGCCAGCCGGUCCAGAAGAUAGGAAUCGUCUUACUGGCUUUGGUGGAGGUUCAGCAGACGCAAUAAAAGGUCAGGGUAGAAUUUGUCUGGACGUCGACGAAUGUGAAGACGCUUCCAUCCGCGCAGAAUGUACCCAACGCGGAGGCGUUUGUACAAAUCGACCCGGUGAUCAUCAAUGUCUCUGCCCAUCUGGUCGCACAUGUCUUCGUGAGUUAUUCACUUCAAACAACUUAAAUUUUUUCACCAAAUGA